AUGCCUAGUCGAUUUGGAUCUUUGACCAAUUUGGGACACAAACACCAUGACGAACACCACCCGAAAGACUCCGGGACUCAUUCUCUGGCAAUCGGUAGCUCGCUGAUGACUCAUUCGAAUAGCUCGCGACGGUCGUUCUUCGGUAUUAGUAUGGGCAAGGCUUCAUCAAACGAAUCGCAUGAUUCGUUUCACUCUGAUGAACACAAUAAUCAUCACAACUAUCCGCACUACCACCAAACGCCUCACGAUCUCGAGCGUAGAGUCCCGCAAAGGAACACCUCCAUGGUACAACUGAAGCGGUUCUUCCGCCCAUCCAAGAGACACGACUUUGGUGGAUCCAGCUCGUCGCUAUCCGGUCAUCGGACUCAGGAAACCUCAUCAACUAACGUGUCUCCGAAUAUAUCCCACUCGGACCUGGCUUCCCCUACAUUUACACAUGAUGCCAAUAAUAACAUGAUUGUGAAGCCGGACCCUCGAUUUUGGGCAGAUCUGGAGGGCUCGCUUACGAAGAAAUACGGAAAACUGGGAAAGGUUUUAGGCUCAGGAGCCGGUGGGUCCGUUAGAUUACUUGUUCGUGAGAGUGACGGAGUAACAUUUGCAGUGAAGGAGUUUGUGCCUCGAAGACCCAACGAGAGCGUUAAGGAGUAUGCCAGGAAGUGCACUGCCGAGUUUUGCAUUGGAAGCACGCUCCAUCAUCCGAAUAUCAUUCAAACGAUCGACAUAAUCAGUGAACAUAAUCAAUACUUCGAGGUGAUGGAGUAUGCUCCGAUAGAUUUCUUUGGAGUCGUUAUGGCUGGCAAAAUGACGCGCUCAGAAAUCAACUGUUUUCUCAAACAGAUCACCAUGGGCGUCCAAUAUUUGCAUUCUGUGGGACUGGCCCAUCGAGAUCUUAAGCUGGAUAACUGCGUGGUGACGACAGAGGGCAUACUGAAACUUAUCGACUUUGGCUCUGCCGUUGUCUUCAAGUACCCCUUUGAAGAGGAAAUAGUUUAUGCCCAUGGAAUUGUCGGGUCGGACCCAUACCUUGCCCCAGAAGUGUUAACUCAUACCGAAAGCUACGACCCUCAAUUGGUGGACAUCUGGUCCAUCGGCAUAAUAUACUGCUGCAUGACCCUAAGAAGAUUCCCAUGGAAGGCCCCCAAGCCAGAGGACCCAAGCUUCAACCUCUACUGCCAGGAAGAUGAUGUUCCACAUGAUUACGUAGAAAGUGCGAGACACCACAAGCAGCUUCUAUUGGAAAGAAAGAGGAAGCUUCUGGAGCAGAAGGAGAACGAGAAGAACCUCGAGCAGUCCGCGGAAAGCAAGCAACAGGAAGAGCCGGAAGUCAAGCAGCUUUGCGAGCAGACCGAACGUUUAGGUGUGGAAAAUAAGGAUCCAGGAGCAAAGAAAGAAAAGCCACUUGCAAACAUAAUAGAGAAGCCGGACGAGCAGAAGAAGGAUGCACAGGAAACUUCCCAAGAACAGCCCUCAAAGAUGCCGGAAAACUUUGAUUUCAGCAAACUGCCUGAUCCGUCACUGGUGGCAGUGGAUCCUCCAAAGAUUGGUGAACCACAACAACAAGAGUCGGAGAACGAAAAGUCUGACAAGCAGGAGAAGCCUGAACGGCGCCACGCAGGAAUCUCGCGGUCUCACCGUCAAAUACAUGGUCCAUACAGGCUCAUGAGGCUGCUGCCACAUGCUGCACGGCCUCUACUCUCCAGAAUUUUGACGGUGGAUCCAGAGCGGCGUGCAACCAUGAAAGACAUCUUUGAGGAUGAGUGGUUUUCAGAAAUCAAAUACUGUACGAUUGACGCGAAGGGAAACACCAUCAACGAUCCUUCGCACAAACACAAUCUGGACUGUUAA